ACAUCGAAACCGUAGAGCCAUGAGCAUUGCGAGCCAUGCGGUGGUUCGCGCUGCCGCUCGGAGUUGCAGCAUUUUACGAGGUCCUGGAGCUGGAUGAAGCAGGAGUUGGCAGCUCCCAAGCUCUUCAUGCUCUGCAGAUCUCAGUCUCUAGUGACGGAGAAACUCACUCUGCGCGAGCACCUCCGGAUUCUCUUGAGCUAUCCGUGAACAAGGCGCUUCAACCUUGGCUGACCGCUGGAGCUCAGCACUUCAAUGCCUCAUGUAGCCGUUGCUUGCGGAGUUGCCUCCCAGGUGAAGAUGAUCUCUUCCGGCAAAAGGCAAGCUUCGAGACAUGCGUGGGCUGGUGCGGUCAAGGCUGUGCACCAAGUGGUCUGCCAAAGGCGGCAGACUAUUUUCACGAAGGUGUCAGUGGCCCAGAGAACCAAGAUGAUUGGGGAGCUUGGAUCCUGAGCUUGCACAACUUGCAGCAAAAGCUGUCAGCCCUGCACUGGGCCAGAGAUUCAGGUGAUUUUGAGUCACCUGAGUUUCUGCGAAGUAGCGCAGCCUAUGUCACGGUUCAAACAAUGGUCCAUGAUCGAUUUCUAUAUGAACCAGUAAGGCAUACUUGGACCGCAACUGGUUACCUGAAAGAUCUCAAGCAGCGAUUUGGCGGUGUUGAUCAAGUGCUCCUGUGGGCCGGCUAUCCAAACCUCGGAGUGGACACACGCAGCAAUGUGGACUUGAUGGAAGCAUUGCCCGGUGGUUUGCGGGCAGCUGUAGAUGCACUGAAAGAAGCGGAUCCGUCCGUCAUGGUGCAGCUUCCCUACAAGCCAUGGGACAUUUCCACAAAUGGCUUGGGUCAAGAUGAUCCUGCUAGAUAUGGAGCACUCUUGGCGAAGGCUGGUGCUGAUGGUUUGAACCUGGAUACCAUGGACUCCCUUGGCCCUUUCGUCGUGCCGCCGUCCCAAAGCAAACCUGAGAUGCCGGUGACUGCAUUCUACAGUGCGGCACAGAAGGCGGGCAUCCCACAUGCUAUCAUCGAACCAGAGCUUGGACUCUACAAUGGCCUUUUUCUCUUGAAUACGACUGCCCAAGGCUGGCUCUAUUCACUGGCCCAGUGUCCUCCUGUGGUUGGAUGUUCCGAACGGGUGCCCUUUGUGCCUUUGGUCUCACUUCAGAAAUGGAUUGUGCGGCGGUCAAUGCCCCACGUCUGUGGCAGGUGGUCAACACAGCGCUCACAAGAAAUACUGACAGCAUACUUCAAUGCCAUUGGCUACACUGCAUGGGAGAAUAUCUUUGGAAUUUGGAAUGGAAUAAAUCCGCGGGAUGGCGAACUCCUCAAGAGAUCCAUGAUGAUUUUGCGACAUUUUCACUCGUUUUUGUCAGAUCCUGCCGUGAGCUGGCUGCCGUUCUAUCCGGUAAAGAAGCUGACGCCUGCUGGGGAACAUGUCUAUGUCUCCAAGUUUGUUGGUGCAGACAAAGAACUGUUUCUGAUCAUCAACACCGGGACAGAGACGGCUGGUACUCAGGACUGGGCGCUGAAUGUGCCUCAAUCUGAACACUUCAGCUUCUACGACAUGUAUCAUGGAGAAGAUGUUCGAAUCCAUCGUAGUCCGGAAUGUCUCGUGAAGUCUUGCCUUGAUCGUCUCCACAGAGCGAAGACAGUCUCACUACGAGUGCGGCUGGAGGCUGCGGGCAUCGGCGCCAUUCUGAAAGUUCGGGAGGGCAAGAUUACCCCGAGCCAGCUCAUGGUGCUGCGGGACAUGGGUACGGCAACAGCAAAGCCUUUGGCAUCCUUUGCUGACAAGGUCGCGCCUUUGAAGCAAAGCAAUCACUUUCCCACCGGCGAUGGCACGUUAUCAAACUCCAGUGGCAUGGUCCCCGUGAACGGUUCGAAGGCCUUCGAAUUCCGAGUGGUAGGCUCAGAAAUCGAAGACACGUACCGUGGGGGGCAAAGAUUUGUCACACUCGGUGUGGACGUGCAGUAUCCAUGGGAAGUGGUGCCAGUGAAAUACCACGCGGCAUACAACGUCAGCAUCAAUAACCUGUGGGUUGACAAGUUUCCGGUCACGAACGAGAUGUUUGCGAAUUUUCUGAAGGAGUCUUCCUACACUCCGGGAGAUUCCGGGAACUUCUUGAAGCACUGGAAUUGCAAGUGGCCGUGCACAAUGCCUCCGAGUAUUGCGAAAGAGCCAGUGGUUUUUGUGAGUCACUGGGACGCUGUGCAGUAUUGCUCACAUUAUGGCAAGCGGCUUCCCCGAGAAUGGGAGUGGCAGUAUGUUGCUCAGGGUGGCGAUCCUGAUCGUUCCUAUCCUUGGGGCAAAUGGUGGUGGCCUGAAGCCAUGCCUCGACCGCAAGCGAACGCCAGCGUCUUUCACCUGAGUGACGUCGGGGGCUUUCCACAGGGGGCCAGCAAAGAUGGUGUCCAAGAUUUAGUCGGCCUCGUUUGGCAAUGGACUUCUGACACUUUCCGAGACGAGCACACCCGCUCGUCCAUCCUAAGAGGCGGUUCAGUCUUCCAGCCGAACAGCCACCAGGGAGACGUGGCAAGUCCUCGCUACCAGCCGUGGUAUUUCCCAGGCCAUGCGGCAGCAGGAGCCUGGAAUGCCAAGUGGACGGGGGAGCACUUCUUCGGCCCCAAGGACUAUCCCAGUUUAUAUCGCUUGACCGUUCACGCCAAAUACCUUUUGAUGGCUCCUUCAUUGGAUCGCGCUGGAACCAUAGGUUUCCGCUGUGUGGCGGACAGGAACGUUUAGUGCUGCACCGUAGCGCAGAGCGUGCAACUUGUGACCUGGAUCAAAGAAGUCCAGAAACUCAGCAGG